AGAAUGGGGCAGCUAUUACAACUUAAUUUUGGAAAACAGAUUUGUCUUGUAUAAAAUGGCAUUGCUCAGGUUCUGACUUUAGGCUAGCUAUGUCACACUGCCACCACCGCCACCACCGCCUCUGCUCGUGGCGUGGGAAAGGAGGUGUGAGUCCCAGGUGCGAGCCGGCAGCGGCACCGCUGAGGGAGGAUCGGCGGUGGGAGGGUGAUGGCAGAUUUAGAUAAACUCAACAUGGACAGCAUCAUCCAAUGGCUGCUGGAAGUGAGAGGGUCCAAGCCUGGUAAGAAUGUCCAGCUUCAGGAGAAUGAAAUCAGAGGACUGUGCUUAAAGUAUCUUGAGAUCUUUCUCAGUCAGCCUAUCCUACUAGAACUUGAAGCACCAUUCAAAAUGUGUGGUGACAUCCAUGGGCAAUACUAUGAUUUGCUGCGACUUUUUGAGUACGGUGGUUUCCUGCCAGAAAGCAACUACCUGUUUCUUGGGGACCAUGUGGACAGGGGAAAGCAGUCAUUGGAGACAAUCUGCCUCUUACUGGCCUACAAAAUCAAAUAUCCUGAGAAUUUUUUUCUUCUCAGAGGGAACCAUGAAUGUGCCAGCAUCAACAGAAUUUAUGGAUUUUAUGAUGAAUGUAAAAGAAGAUACAACAUUAAACUGUGGAAAACUUUCACAGACUGUUUUAACUGUCUACCAAUAGCAGCCAUCGUGGAUGAGAAGAUAUUCUGCUGUCAUGGAGGUUUAUCACCAGAUCUUCAGUCAAUGGAGCAGAUUCAGCAAAUUAUGCGACCAACUGAUGUACCAGAUCAAGAUCUUCUUUGUGAUCUUUUGUGAUCUGACCCCAAUAAAGAUGUCUUAGGCUGGGGUGAAAAUGACAGAGGAGUGUCCUUUACAUUUGGUGCAGAAGUGGUUGCAAAAUUUCUCCAUAAGCAUGAUUUGGAUCUUAUAUGUAGAGCCCAUCAGGUAGUUGAAGAUGGAUAUGAAUUUUUUGCAAAGAGGCAGUUGGUCACUCUGUUUUCUGCACCCAAUUAUUGUGGAGAGUUUGACAAUGCAGGUGCCAUGAUGAGUGUGGAUGAAACACUGAUGGGUUCUUUUCAGAUUUUAAAGCCUGCAGAGAAAAAGAAGACGAAUGCCACAAGACCUAUAACACCUCCAAGGGUUACAUCAGGCCUGAACCCAUCCAUUCAGAAAGCUUCAAAUUAUAGAAACAAUACUGUUCUAUACAAGUGACCGAUUAUGCUUUCUUUGGCCUACAUUCUUUAUUCUGCAGUAAAGUUGAGGAUUAUAAGUUGAAACAAAGGAUCUAACCAGUUUAUACAGAACUCACAGUAACUAUCUAUGACUUUUUUAAACCAAGAUCUGUUAAAAAAGAAACCCGUUUCAACAGAUGACCGUGUACAGUACCAUUUGGUGAAAAUGAAUUCAGACUUACUAAAUGAUGAACUUGUUAAAAUAAUAAAUAAAUAAUAGCUUUAAGGUUUAUCCUUAUUGUAGCAUCUGACAAGAUAUUUUCAUUUGAGGCUUCAGAAUAUUUUGUUGUAUGUAUAAACCACAUCUUUUUAAAUCACUCAUCUAUGAAGAACGUUUGAGUAUUUUCACUUUUUGGCUUUUGUAAAUGAUAUGAUUUGGAUCUGUGUUCCCAUCAAAUCUCAUGUCAAAUUGUAAACCCUAAUGUUGGAAGUGGGCAGGUGGGCGGUGGUUGGAUCAUAGGGUUGGCUUCUCAUUAAUAGUUUAGCAGCAUCCCCUUUGGUACUGUCUUUGCCAUAGUGAGUGACUUCUCCUGAGAUCUCAUUUCUCGAAAGCAUGUGGCACCUUCCCCCUCAUGCUAUCUUGCUCCCACUCCCACCAUGUUAGAUAACUCACUGUCCCUUUUUUUUCUGCCAUGACUGGAAGCCUCAAGGCCUCCCCAAAAGCAGAAGCUGCUAUGCUUCCUGUACAACCUGUAGAACCGUGAACCAAUUAAAUCUCUUUUGAAAAAUAAAUUACUAAGUCUCAGGAAUUUUUUUAUAGCAAUGCAAGAAUACACUAAUAUAGUAACUAUUUAUUACUGCAGUAGACAUAGAUGCACAAAUGUUUCUUUCAGGUAUAUGUUGCAUAUUUCAAAUACAUGCUGAGACUUGGAAUUACUGGGUCAUACAAUAACUUCAUUUUUAAUUUUUGGAGGAAAAUCCAUACAUUUUUCAGGUGGCUGCAUCACGUUUUUCCCACCAGCAGCAUACAGGGUUUCAAUUUCUUAAUUUCUCUACAUUGUUGACAAUAUAUAUUAUUUUUUGUUUGCUUGAUAUUGGCCAUCCUGAUUAAUGCAUUACUUC